AUGGAACGAAGCACCCUCAACUUGAGUGAAAUUUGUCGCUUCUGUCUAUCAGGCAGCGGACAACUUUUCCUGCUGUUUGGUCUGCACAAGGAUGCGGCAACGGUGAUUGAAAACGUCCGGUUACUAACGACCAUUGAGUUGUCAACUGCCGACAACGUAGACUACAAAAUCUGCGUAAAAUGUUGUACCGAUUUCGAGCAAUGUUUAAAAUUUCGUCACAAAUGCAUGAAAGCAAAUGACGAACUAGUGAAAACCCUUAGAGACAGCAGCUCAUACAAAUCACCACUUUUGCCAAAAGAAGAAGUUGAAUCAUCAUCUGAACCUCCCGUAGUCAGCAUCGAUCAAUUGUUUGACCAAAACGCUGGCCCCGUAUCGGUGGAUCAAAUCGGCCUCGAACAGUAUGGACUUGUUACGCCACUUUUUCUCGAAAGUGCCUCAUGGCCGGAACCACCUUGGAUGGCACAUUCAUAUGAAAUGGAGGAUCAAGCAGCUGACAGUGAUUAUGGUUCAAGCUCACUCCUCAAUGGACGUCACCUUAAUAAUCCGAUCAACUCUUUUGAGCUGCAAUGCAACAAAAUGGUUCGCUCGAAAUACUACUGCAAAAUUUGCGAAAAACAUUUCUUCCAACGAAAUGUACAUUUACAGCACCACCAACGAUACAGCAAAAUGUGCUUCCAGUGUUUGGACGAAAAGCUGAUUGGUAUCUACCAGAAAGAGUUGGCUUCCGUAAGGCACACCUGUCGCAUCUGCCUUAUGCCGAAGGAAAACUGCGCCGAAUUCCUGCAGCAUGCCAUCAGCCAUCACGCCGAGGAACACCGGGCGCGGGACUCCUACAAGUGCGACCAAUGCGAUAAAGUGUUUAUGCUGAAAAGUGAAAACGGCCGCGGAAGGAUUCACAACUGUGUGCGGAAGUUACGCUGUCCGCACUGCCCGCAGACUUUUUACUACGCGAAAAGUUACCAGAAACACCUCCGGUUCUAUCACAAUGUCGAUCCGCUGGAAGAGACGGGCACGAGAAGGGCAAUAACGAUUCGCGAAAAAACUGUAGGCUGUGAUUUGCCAACUGUCCGGUAA